GUCGUGGAACGUUAAAACGCGCAAAACAUUGUCGAGCCGGCGACGUUAUCUGAAAUUUUCGGAAACUGUUCUCUAAGUCUUCCAAAUACAAUCAAAUAUUAAAACAAUCAAAAACCUUUGACCAUAAAAGAUAAAGAUUUACAAAAGUGGUUCUGACCAAAAUGUCGCCCAGCAAGCAGCAAGAGGCGGACGAAAGCGAACACGAUCCUCAGGUGGUGGUCACUACGGCAGGUGCCACACACAGCAUACGAAAUGAUCGCAGUUUGUGGCGAGAUUUGACAGCCUAUUGGAUACUGGGUCUGUGUAACAAUUAUGGCUACGUGGUAAUGCUGAGUGCUGCCCAUGAUAUCAUUGAUCAGUUUAAUGAGAAGCCAGAGAAAGAUCCCAAUGAUGUUGCUGAUAAUGAACGCCAAUGCCAUUUGGUAUCCACAGGUGCCAUUUUAUUGGCGGAUGUUUUGCCCUCGCUGUUUGUCAAGAUACUGAUGCCCUUCGCCCCCUUUUGGGUUAAUGUACGCAUUGGCACUGCGAUUUUGUUCUCGGCGGCUGGAUUUCUGCUGGUUGGCUUAGCAAAUGCCGAAUGGAUGGCGUUGCUGGGCGUGGUCAUUACAUCAGCUAGCAGUGGCAUUGGAGAGGCUACAUUUCUGGCGUACUCUUCGCGCUUUAACAAAAAUGUCAUAUCGACAUGGUCAUCGGGCACUGGCGGUGCUGGAGUCAUUGGUUCACUAAGCUAUGCCACGCUGCGAUCUCUGGACUUAAGUCCACGCGAUACGAUGCUAAUCAUGCUGAUCUUCCCCGCUAUCGAAGCCGUUGCCUUCUGGCUGUUAUUGCGUCGCCCACAGGUUUUGCCUGUGACCACAGUGGAAUCCACCGAGGAACUCAUUAGCGAUGAUAAACCACUGGUGGGCUUCAAGGAGAAGAUGUCCUACAUAAAGCAUCUGCUCAAAUAUAUGCUGCCGUUGUGCUUGGUUUACUUCUUUGAGUACUUCAUCAAUCAAGGCCUGUUUGAGCUGGUAUACUUUGAAAACAUCUUCCUGGAUAUGGCUGCUCAGUAUCGCUGGCUCAAUGUGGAUUAUCAGAUAGGCGUCUUCAUAUCGCGCUCAUCCGUCAACCUAUUCCAACUGGACAAGAUAUGGUUGAUGUCCGUGUUUCAGUUCAUUAACGUUAUCUACUUCCUCACGGAAGUCAUUUGGUUCUACACGCCCACCAUUUGGAUUGUGUUCGUCAUUGUGCUGUGGGAGGGACUGCUGGGUGGCGGUGCCUAUGUAAAUACCUUCUACCGCAUGUCCAAGGAAAUACCACCGGGUCGCCAGCAGUUCGCCAUGUCCAUGGUCGUCCAAUCGGAUUCCUACGGCAUCGCCCUCGCCGGAUUCCUGGCCAUACCCGUGCACAAUGCGAUAUGUGGAUUGCCAGCUGCGGUGCGUAGCGUUGUUUGGUGAAAUUACAGGACAUAGGAACAUAAAAAGCGCUCAUACUGAGCUAUUGAUUAUGCCUUUAAACUAGCUAAUGAUUGUGCGUGUGUGUAUUAAUAAUUAGUAUUAUCUAAAUGUGUGUUAAUAAGUGUGUGUGUGUGUGCCUAACUGAGGCGAAAGCUUUUUAGUUAAUUUCUGUGUUUAUUAUUUAGUCACUUAGCAAAUAGUUUAAAAGAAUACUUGACCACAAAUGAAGUGUACUCUAGAGAUAAAUAUUUUACACUUUAAAACAAAAAAUAAUAAUAAUUAUAUUUCAAUAAAAACAUAAUCAGCUGGGAAAAUACUUUAAACACAAUGGCAUGAUCGCCAGGUGUGAUUAAGGUUAUCAACCAGCCGUCAGACCAUAAACUCAAA